GGCAUUGUCUCACAGAAGUCAGAGGACGCAGGACUUUGGUUUUAUUGACUGCUGAUCACAAUGAAGUCUGUGGCAGUGAUUCUUGUCCUGGCAGUCAUCUCAGGCUGCCAGGCUCGAGCGGUGCUCCGCGAUGAACCCAAGAGCAGGUGGGAGGAGGCCGUGGACCGCUUCUGGCAGUACAUGUCCGACCUCAACAGCCAGGCCGACGGCGUGGUGCAGAACAUCAAGGGUUCCCAGCUCAGGAGAGAGCUAGACACCCUGAUUACAGACACCAUGGCAGAGUUGAGCGUCUACAAAGAUGAGAUCCAGACCAAGCUGGGCCCGUACACCGAGGGCACCGCCGGGAAGCUGACUGAAGAUCUGCAGCUGCUCUUCAACAGGCUGCAGACAGACAUGAAGGACGCCAGCGAGCACGCCACCCAGUACUUCCACGAGAUGAAGACCAUGAUGGAGCAGAACGCCGACGACGUCAAGAACCGGGUCAACACCUACACCCGCAAGCUGAAGAAGAGGCUGGGCAAGGAUGCGGAGGAGAUCCGCAACACUGUGGCCACCUACCUCGGGGAGGUGCAUUCCCGUGCGUCCCAGAACGUGGAUGCCGUGAAGGAGCACCUGGAGCCCUACGUCAGCCAGGCACGCGAGAAGGCCGGGGAGAAGCUGGGCAGCCUGACCGAGAUGCUCAAAUCCCAGUCCCAGGACCUGAGCGAGAGGUUCGAGUCCCAGGCCGGAGCCAUCCGCGAGCAGCUGGAAAAGACCGCCCAGGACCUGCGCGUCACCCUGGAGGGCCAGCUGGAGGAGCUGACCAACUGGUUCACCCCCUACGCCGCCAAGAUCCGCGAGCAGCUGCAGGCCGUCAAGGAGAAGCUCGAGGCCAGCUCCUAAGAGCCAGAGGAAAGGGGAUGGGAGGAGAGGGAGGUGAUGGGGAGUGGGGCUGGUUAGCAACACUGCACCCACUCUCUGAUUACCGAGAGAGGAAGGAGAUAAGAGUGACUGAUGGAUCGCCCUGUCUACUUUGUGUUUUUGCGCUUGUCAGUUACAAACAGGGAGGCUGGUGUGGAGAGAGAGAGCUGGGGCACAGGCCUCUAUGAGUUACACAGGUACAAACGGCCAGGACAUGCAAAGCUUUCUUCGGCUUUGUAAACUGAAUGAAAGCUGUAGCUCAUACACUCUCUCCCUCAGCACCAGCUUCUCGCUGUGUUUUACUGUUUGAUCCCUCCACUCCUGACCUUUUCUACGAAUCAGGUGAAAGGACACUGAUAUAACCUGCUUGCUUGUCUGCCUAAAGGAAUGUGUUAAGAGUCUUUAAGGAUUGUGUGUAUGAACCUCUAAUGACACCCCCUAAUAGAUUUUGUGAGACCCAAGCUGGGAGGUAAGUCUUGGCAAAAAAUCCAACUGCUGCAUGUAACCCUACCUACUUAGUCUCAGAGAGACAUCGCUCCAAGUAUUUCUUUAGACUGGUAACUGAUGAGAGAUGGUCUGUUGUAGCCACAACAGCAGUGUGGUAGUGUGGCACACACACAAGUGGAACCAAUGGACUGCAUUAGCAUCACUGAGACUCUUAUUGUUUUACUGUCUGCUCGUUGCUGUAUCUGUAACGGUUCACAUUGGUGGUAGAUGUCGUGUUACUCUUGAGCGAUGCCACUGUACCCAAAGCUCUUGGUUUCUGUGAGACAUUCCACUGGACCAUGGUCUGCCUGUCUGCGUUCCUGUCUGAAAGGCGCAUCCCUGAUGCGUUUGGUGUUGCACCGUAAAUCCCUCCGAGCUGCGCUGUAUCGCACACCGCAGCCCUUGCAGUUAUAAAAGCCAUGGUGUGCAGGUCACCGCUGAACAAAUAAAGAGUUUCGAACUG